GUGCCUGGGCAGCGACGACGUCAAGGUCACCCUCCUCUUCUUAAAGGGCCAUGUCGCUGUGUGUGGCGCUGCUGCCUCGGAGGGGCCUGAGAGUGGCGGCGGCCGCGGCGGCCUUGGGACGGCGCAGCCUGGCUCAGGCGAGGGCCGGCCGCAGCGGAGACGGAGGAGGGAAGCGCCUGACAGCAGCCGCGGGAGCCGCUACCUUGGCGGGAGGCCUCGGCCUAUCAGGUGCGAGGGGCGUGGCCAGCGACGGGGGCGUGGUUUCCGCUGUGGGCGGGGCCUACGCAGGCAGUAUUUAGAUAAGGGCAAGAAGGGGAAAGUUGAGCUGCUAAAGGGGAUUUGUUAUGGACAAGAGCAAUAGUUAUUUAUGUGCGUGUGUCAGAGCAGUUUAUAGCGACCGUAGCCCAUAAAAUCCAUAUAAUUAAAAGCCAUGUAAAAAGUUGUGACCACAAAUCAGGUGACAGUUGUGCAGAGAUGUAAUCUAAUUGCCUGCAUAACAGAAACAUCAAAGAGGGAGCGUUUAUUGAAUUUAUACCCUGCCCUUCCUCCCCAUGCAGCUCAGGGCAGCAAAGAGAGAUACAUUUUUUAAAAAACUUCCUAAAGGAGACCACAACACUCUGAAAACAGAAUCGAUUGAAAGCAUCUAAAACCAGUUACAGUGAAAAACAUUCUAAAAAGCUAUUAUAAUGUGUUUCUGUCCAAUGAUCUAAAAGUGAAAGAAUGAUUAGUAGUCAUAUUAAGGGCUCACUGUUAGUUGUUACUGAUGUUUAUUAUUAUUAUUAUUAUUAUUAUUAUUAUGGAAGGGGGGGUUAUUGGGUUGUUUUUGUUUUAAAUUAUCUAUUUUGUGUUUUUUAUAUUGUGAUUUUGUGUUGUGAACCACCCUGAGAUCUACAGGUUUAGGGCGGUAUACAAAUUUAAUAAAUAAUAAUAAUUUUUAUUUAUACCCCGCCCUCCCCAGCCAAGGCCAGGCUCAGGGCGGCUAACAAGCAAUAAUAAAAACAAGUUGAAUGAAUACAACUUAAAAACAAGAUUAAAAUACAACAUUAAAAUAAUAUAAUAAUAAUACUUACAAAUGCCCUUGAUGACUGUUCAGAGAUUGCAACAGAUGUCAUCCCCUUAGGAGCCACUCUGGCUCCUGCUGAAGCGCUCCACACUGUGAGAGGAUGGUCAAGGGCUCACCUGCCCUCUGGGUCCACGCCGAACUGGCUUUCUAAACUCCAUCUCCCCCUUCCUGUUUCCAGCCUUUUCCCUUUUCUCCCGCGAAGCUGAGAAAGAGAAGGAUUCAGCAGAAGGGCAGAGCGAGGCGAAGGAAGAAGACACCAUCAUUCUUUUGCUAAAGAAGGCCAAGGUGAGGUUCUGGGGCCAAACUGGAUGCGGGAACUUAAUCACAGUGGGGUGGUGGGAGUCAACCCAUUGGCCUCGCUGGCUGGGGCUGACAGGUGCUGGGGUUCAAAGCAUGGAGGCGGGGGCGUGGGUACCAGGUUAGCUAGACCAAUGACUCUCCUAACCUGCAGUGAGUCAGCUUCUCAUGGUAUCUAAUACUUCAAAUUGUACCUGACAGAGCAUAGCGGGCAGCGGUAUUCCUCAGUGAUUUGGGUGUUUGGGAAAGAUUUUCCGGUGCUAAUCGGCAUAGGAAAAUGUCCUGUUUCCAUCAGAAAGUUUUCUGAUGCCUAGAGAGCAGUGCAUUCUAUUAAUUUAUUGUUUUGUUACAUUAUUGCAUCAAUACCCCAGCUUUCCUCCAAGCAGCUCAAAGUGGCAUCUACUCUUCCCUCCUCCUCCCCAUUUUAUCCCACAACAACCCUGUGAGGUAGGUUAGGCUGAGAGGCAGUGAUUGGCCCAAAGUCACCCAGGGAGCUUCAUGGCUGAGUGGGGAUUCGAACCCUGGUCUCCCAGGUCUUCGUCCAACACUCUAACCACUACACCAUGCUGGUGUGGCCUCACAUGUAGACCAGUUUUGAGCUGCUUAGGGCUUUUAUGUCUUAGUACCAAUACCUUAGGGACACGGGUGGCGCUGUGGGUUAAACCACAGAGCCUAGGACUUGUUGAUCAGAAGGUCGGCGGUUCGAAUCCCCGCGACAGGGUGAGUUCCCGUUGCUCGGUCCCUGCUCCUGCCAACCUAGCAGUUCAAAAGCACAUCAAAGUGCAAGUAGAUAAAUAGGUACCGCUCUGGCGGGAAGGUAAACGGCGUUUCUGUGCACUGCUCUGGUUCGCCAGAAGCGGCUUCAUCAUGCUGGCCACAUGACCUGGAAGCUGUACGCCGUCUCCCUCGGCCAAUAAAGUGAGAUGAGCGCCACAACCCCAGAGUCAGCCAUGACUGGACCUAAUGGCCAGGGGUCCCUUUACCUUUACUACCAAUACCUUGAACUUGGCUAGGUAGCAAAUUGGCGGCCAGUGCAAAUUCUGCAAGCAGGGUGUUGUAUUAGCAGUCUUCACUUGAUGGUUUAAACCUGGCUUUCUCUGUUUUUGCCCCCAGCUGAGCAUCAUGAAAGGAGAGUUGGAAGAGGCGGAGAGGUUCCUUCACGAAGCUGCCAGGCUCUCGCACCAGUCGGACAACAAGCAAGCAAUUAUUUAUACGUACGACACGGUGAGUCCAGGAGCUGCUUAAAACCCUGCAAGGAAGCCACACUGAAUCGGAGGAACAUCUGUCCUGAGAUCACAGCACAACAUCUUAUCAUUGUGAUUGUUAUGAUUCGCUUCCUGUGAGGCAUCCCAGAGCGAUGUACGAUGCAGCGAAGAUGCAGUUGUACGGGUUAAAAAUGUGUAAAACAUUUGCACAUAGAACAGUUAAAGGACAAUCGUAUAAAAAGAGUUUGAUGUGGCAACACUCACAUACACACUGGUGGGUGAAAAUACGGCUACCCAUUGUGUUAAAUUGGAAAAUAUGAGGAAGAAGCUCCAUAAUAAUUAUUAUUAUUAUAAUACAUAGCUGGAUAACGUGUAUAAAUUGUUCUGGAGUGCAACAUUGAGCAGCCUUAAAACCUCAGCUUUCAUUCCACAGAAUCAAAUGUGCACAACUUUCUAGUCCUCCUCGUUUUUCAUAUGGUUGAGAUCUCCACUGAUGGAAGCAAAGUAAAAGGACAAUUUUUCCUCUUAAAACAUCUAAGCAGCUCCAUUUUUUUGUCUGUUGCAGAUGGCGAAUUUGGCUUUCAUGAGGGGUGAGCUGGAUCACGUAAGUAAGUUCAAGAAGAGGCCAACCCCUGUUGCUUACAAAACAGGGAGCGCUCCCUUAAGUCCCUAGUUGUUCCUGGGACGGGUGAAUCUGUGUUUGUUUUCAAGCCCUUGUGAAAAUUCAGCAGAAUUUUAGUGCAGUUUUAAAAAUCCGAUUGUAGAUUUUUAUAUGCUUUUUUGCCUAAUGUACACAUAUUUGCAAAGUAAUUUUCCCCUACUACAAUGGAGUUUUGUAUACUGUUUUCACAAAUAAGUGUAUUCUUAUGCACGCUUUACUGUUUGUUUUUAAAAACACAUUACCUAGCCAGAUAACUGCAUUGCAAGGUUCAGAGAAGCGCAAAUUUUAAGGGACAGAUGUGUUCUGGUUCUCUGUUACAGAAACUGCAAAUUGUGUAGGUUCACCUUUAGACAUGAACUGAUUCCAGCUCUUUCCCUAUCUCUCGGCUCUUUUGACCAUUUCUCCCUUUUGUCCUCUCAUUUCAGGCAGAAAAACUUUUCAAGGCAGCCAUGAGCUACUUACUGGCUGGGGACAUGAAGCAAGUAAGGAUUUUUCUCUGCUAGAAACCCGUCCUGAUCUGAUCCCAGGUGUCUGGAUUCUAGAAACGUGUAAUAAGCGAGACAGAACUUUGUAGUAGUUUUGGUGGAAUUGGAGGAGGAGAAAGCUAACUUGCAGAUUUGAUUUUUACGAAACUUCCAUUUUAUUUAAGAGAUUUAUAUAGCUGCCCUACCAAGAAAGGCCACAGAGUUUACAACAACGUAGGAACAUAACAGUACUGGGCCAGGUGAGCUGAUAGUUGCACCUGGUGAGGAAAGGCUAAGCGAAGAAGGUGCUAUCCUGAUCUAACUUAUGCCCAUGCAAUUCCUGGAGCACCACAUCCUGAAUGGGCAUGGAAUGGGGACAUUGGACCAGGGAGAGAGAGGGCUGAUCAGUUUUCGGAUGGUGGAGCCUUGUGGCAAGGAAGUACUCCUUCAUGCAGGGCAGAAUCAAACUAUGGAACGCAGGAGGCAGGAUUAGGCCCUUCAUGGAGGGAUUAAUAUUGAUGACUAUAGCCCUAAUGGCUUUGCUCUGCCUCUGCGGUUGGAGGCAGUUGCUGGAAACCACAGGAAGGGGGAGUGUUGCUCUUGUGCUUGAACCCUGUUUCCUGGUUUGCCACAGGCAUCUGGUUGGCCACUGUGGGAACAGGAUGCUGGAGUAAAUGGUCAUUGGCCUGAUCCAGCAGGCUUUUCCUGUGGUCUUGUUGUUGUUGUUUAGUCGUUCAGUCGUGUCCACCUCUUCGUGACCCCCUGGACCAGAGCACGUCAGGCACUCCUGUCUUCCACUGCCUCCUGCAGUUUGGUCAAACUCAUGUUCGUAGCUUCGCGAACACUAUCCAACCAUCUCGUCCUCUGUUGUCCCCUUCUCCUUGUGCCCUCCAUCUUUCCCAACAUCAGGGUCUUUUCCAAGGAGUCUUCUCUUCUCAUGAGGUGGCCAAAGUCUUGGAGCCUCAGCUUCAGGAUCUGUCCUUCCAGUGAGCACUCAGGGCUGAUUUCCUUCAGAAUGGAGAGGUUUGAUCUUCUUACAGUCCAUGGGACUCUCAAGAGUCUCCUCCAGCACCAGAAUUCAAAAGCAUCAAUUCUUUGGCAAUCAGCCUUCUUUGUGGUCCAUUCUGUGGUCUUAGCAGUGGGGUAAACAGCAAUCUUAGCUGGCUAAUCUCCUGCAACCUUCCUUUCCCUUCUCCAGGAUGACAACGCCAUCAUAGAGAUGUCCCUCAAGCUGGCCAGCAUCUAUGCAGCACGGAAUGAGUAAGUUUGUCUGUCCAGGGGGACGUGGGGGAGGCAGUCGGGUUUUGCUGCACCAGCUGCAUCCAGUUCCUCACCCCUGUCUUAGCAUACUUCCAUCAUGGCCCCUGAAAUUUCAGUAGCUGUUCCCUGUUCCCAUGCAGGGGAAAGGGGACACAGCUCAGUGAUACAGCCCCUGUCUUGCAUCAAUAAUUGCGAGGUUAAAUUCCAGGCAGCUGCAGGGAGGGCUGGGAAUGUCCGCAGCUUGAAACGCUGGGUCUACUCAAGAGCAAAUCUUAGCUGGAGACAGCCCAUGAUUAUUGACCUGCCGAAUGAAUUGAGCUAUCUCAUCGGCCAAUUUAUUAUUUUAUUUUAUUGGUUUGUUAGUGCAUUAAACCAAACCUUUUCCUCUAAGGAGCCCAAGGUGGGGCGUGCUUGGUUUGCCUCCUCCCCAUUCCAUCCUCACAACAACCCUGCGAGGUAGGGGAGGCUGAGAGGGAGUGAGAGGCCAAAGGUCACUCAGCGAGCUUCAUGGCCAGAUUUGAACCCAGAUCUCUCCCGGGUCCUAGUCCGACACAAUGAGUGCUGCACCGCACAGGCUCCACAGGUUGUUGGAACAAAAAUGUACCGUAUUUUUCGCUCUAUAAGACGCACCAGACCACAAGACGCACCUAGUUUUUGAAGGAGGAAAACAAGAAAAAAAAUAUUCUGAAUCUCAGAAGCCAGAACAGCAAGAGGGAUCACUGCGCAGUGAAAGCAGCAAUCCCUCUUGCUGUUCUGGCUUCUGGGAUAGCUGCGCAGCCUGCAUUCGCUCCAUAAGACACACACACAUUUCCCCUUACUUUUUAGGAGGGAAAAAGUGAGUCUUAUAGAGCAAAAAAUAUGAUAUUUCAGUUGGUUUUACGGAAUGUACAGAUACAGUUUCAUUUAACCGAUUUAAGUCACGCAGCCCUAAAAACACACCAAGCAGCUUCGCAGUAAGAAAACACAAUGCAGCUCCCCAUUUUUGGAUUGUGAUGACAUCCUCCUCCCCACUUACUUUAUUUUUCUGGUUUAGGGACAAGUUGGCCCUGGCUGGCUACGACUUCUGCAUUCUGACCCUGGAGGAGAAGGUCGCAAAACAAAAGGACAUCCCUGCUGACGUUUUGCCAGGUAUGGUGGGAAGGCAGAACAGCUGCUUUGCAUGCAGAAGGUCCCGGGGGUCCAGUCCCUGAUGGCAUCUCCCAGUAGGGCUGGGGAUGUUCCCCCGCCUGAAACUCUAGAGCAGGCAUCCCCAAACUCAGCCCUCUAGGUGUUUUUGGACUACAACUCCCAUUAUCCCUAGCUAACAGGACCAGUGGUCAGGGAUGAUGGGAAUUGUAGUCCCAAAACAGCUGGAGGGCCGAGUUUGGGGGUGCCUGCUCUAGAGAGCCACUGCCAGCUAGCGUAGACAAUGUUCUACAUCAGGGUUUCCCAAACCUGGGUCUCCAGCUGUUUUUGGACUACAACUCCCAUCAUCCCAAGCGGCGGUCAGGGAUGAUGGGAACUGUAGUCGCAAAAACAGCUGGAGACCUAAGUCUGGGAAAGCCUGUUCUCCAUCGUGCAUAGUUUCAGACACCUCUAUCACAAUCCCGUUCCCUAAAUACAGUGGUACCUCGGGUUCCAGAUGCUUCAGGUUACAGACUCCGCUAACCUAGAAAUAUUACCUUAGGUUAAGAACUUUGCUUCAGGAUGAGAACAGAAAUCGUGCGGUGGUGGUGGGAGGUCCCAUUAGCUAAAGUGGUACCGCAGGUUAAGAACAGUUUCCGGUUAAAAACGGACCUCCGGAAUGAAUUAAGUUCUUAACCCGAGGUACCACUGUAAAUAAAAAAACCAAAUGUAGUACCCUUCGUUAUCAAACUCAGGAACUUGGAUUGGUGUUCACAAUUCCUCCCCGAUUUCCUUUCCAACAACCCUAAGUCAGGGCAGAGGAAGAGAGGGCAGCCCAGAGGUCACCCGAGGUUUAUCCUUGCAUGAUUUGAACCCAAUACCGACACACAAAUUCAGAAAUGUGUGUCCCCACCUCCAAAUUUUGCCUCCUCCUACCCAGUACACCCCACUGGCUCUCAUUGCCACACUCCUCCUGUUCCCCACAGAGGAAGAAAAAUCCAACACCCGUCUGCUCCUGGGAAUGACCCUCGACUCGUACGCCCGCUACCUCCUGGCGCACAGCCAGGCAGCCGCGGCCCAGAGGAUGUACGAGAGGGCGCUGCAGAUCUCCAUGGAGGUUCAAGGGGAGACACACCCCCAGGUGAGGGCGCAGCAUGUGAGCGGAGCAGUUACGUUUCGGGAGUGGAGAACGCCGAUCUUUCUCUGCAAACAAAUCUAAGAGUCAAGACCGUAGCUCUGGGAAAGGGCCUGCGCAACGCAUUUGGGGAACUCCCAGUUUUGAUUCCCAGCACUUCCAGUAAAAAAACAACAUACCGUCUUUUUCGCUCUAUAAGACGCACCAAACCAUAAGACGCACCUAGUUUUUGGAGGAGGAAAAUAAGAAACAAAAUAUUCUGAAUCCCAGAAGCCAGAACAGCAAGAGGGAUCGCUGCGCAGUGAAAGCAGCAAUCCCUCUUGCUGUUCUGGCUUCUGGGAUAGCUGCGCAGCCUGCAUUCGCCCCAUAAGACGCACACACAUUUCCCCUUACUUUUUAGGAGGGAAAAAGUGGGUCUUAUAGAGCAAAAAAUACGGUAACCUGCAAGUUAUCAGCUGGUGGGAUCCUUGCUGGAUAUUCCUCUGCCUGAAACCCAGGAGAACAGCUGCCAGUCAGAAAAGAAGUGGAGCAGGACUGGCGAGGGCCGCAGUCGAGAGGCCUGGAGGGCCACACUCGGCCCCUAGCUGGCCUGAGGUUCCCCACCCUUGAUGUGAGCAGAUUCACUGCUGAAAAGGGCCUCUGAUCGCCCUUUAGGUGUUCUCAGAGCAGAUCAUGCUCUUUGUAGAUAGACAAGGCAAGGCUGGUCGAGGAAGGAUUCCUUUUGAUGAGAGAUCGUCCCUCCCGCUCCUUUCCCCCCCCCCCCCCAACACAGACGGUAGUUCUGAUGAACGAUUUGGCGACGGCUCUGGAUGCUCAGGGCCUCUACGAAGAUGCCUACGCGCGAGUAAGGAGGGCGUCGGAGCUGGCCCAGCAGACAGAGCACCCAGAGACCUACGUUGUGUUGAACAACUUCGCUGGGAUUCUCAUGCACAAAGGUGGGUUGUAAAAGGUGGGGGGGGGUUGAAGGACAGCAGGUGGGGUGGAAUUGGCAUUUAACUGGAGAGCUGUCAUCAAAAACAAGGACAAUUGUCCCCCCCCCCAACCUCCCAAAUAGUCCUCUCAGUCUAUUACGAUCAACGACUAGUAUCCAAAAAAGAAAACUUAGUACAAAUAUAUAAAAUACUGUGUUGUUGUUUUAUUAGUUUAUUUAUAUCCUGCCUCUUUCCCGAGGCAGAUAAAGAGGAAGUUCUUAUUUGGGCAGCACAUUAAGUUGAAACUGUGGAACUCCCUCCCACUGGAGGAAGCGAUGGCUGCCAACUUGGACGGCUUUAAGAAAGCACUGGACAAAUUCACGGAGGAGGAGAAAGCUAUUGAUGGCUACUAGCCAGGAUGGGCAGGCUCUGCCCCCACAGUCAGAGGCAACAAGGCUUCUGAAUAUCACUUGCUGGCAACUGCAGGAGGGGAGAGGGCUGCUGGGCUGCUUGCGGGUUUCCCGCAAUGGGCAUGUAGUUGAUCACCGAGAGGACAAGAUCUAGCAGCCUCUUCUCAUGUUCUGAAGUCAGCUUCCAAGGCUACUCUGCCCUGCUUCCAGUUUCCCUCAAGUAACUCCUCUCUGCUCUUUUGGUCAAGGAGGAUGCCUGUAUUAACAUCCUUGCACCGUUAACCAUGGAAUUGUAGAGUUGAAGGGAGCCUAAGGGUCCUGUAGUCCAACCCUCUGCGGUGCAGGAAUCUCAACUACUUGCUGGCACUGACUGGCAGCAUCUCGCCAGGUCUUCUAACGCAGCCCUACCUGGAGCUGCUGGGAAGUGUACCCAGGACCUAAGAAAAACUCAACCUCCAGCAAUUUCUUGAUCUCCUGCCCUCAGGCAGAAGAUAUAGAAGCAUGUUUAGUCGUACCAACAGGGUAAAGAACAGCUUCUGUCCAUGGGCUGUUAGGCUGCUGAAUGAAAAGAUAACAACAGGGCAACUGACUUUCGGGUUUGGUGGGUGUGCAUCAGUAAACUAGGGAAAUUAAGACUAAGAGAGCUGAGUGGGGGGUGCUUAUGUAAUCUCACUGUAUACAAGUUGUACAAGUGACAAUAAAGUAUUUUAGCUAAAGCAUCCAUGACAGAUGGCCAUCCAACUUCUGCUUAAAAACCUCCAUUGAAGGAGAGUCCACCAUCUCCCAAAGGGGACGUCCGUUCCACUGUGGAACAGCUCUUACUUUCAUAAAGCUUUUUCCUGAUAAUUAGAAUCUCCCUUCUUGUCACUUGAAUCCAUUGGUUUGAGUCCUACUCUCCAGAGCAGGAGAAAACAAGUUUGCUCCAUCUUCUAUGGACAGUCCUUCAUGUAGUUGAAAAUGGCUGUCGUCAUCUCCUCUCAGUCUCCUUUUUUCCAGGCUAAACGUACCCAGCUCCUUCAAGCGUUCCUUGUAAGGCUCAGUUUCCAGACCCUCAAUCUCCUUAGUCGCCCUCCUCUGUACACCUUCCAGCUUGUCAACAUCCUUCUUAAACGGUGGUGCCCAGAAUUGGACAGAGCAUUCCAGCUGUGGUCCAACCAAUAAUAAUAUAAUAUAAUUUAUUAUUUAUACCCCGUCCCAUCUGGCUGGCCUCCCAACAAAGUAUUAAAAUACAGUAGUCUGUUAAACAUUAAAAGCUUCCCUAAAGAGGGCUGCCUUCAGAUGUCUUCUAAAAGUCUGGUAGUUCUUCUCUUUGACAUCUGGUGGGAGGGCGUUCCACAGGUCGGGUGCCACUACCGAGAAGGCCCUCUGCCUUGUUCCCUGUAACUUGACCAAGGCAGAAUCAAGUGGGACCAUGACUUCCCUUGAGCUGGAUGCAGUGCUACCUCCGGUUGAGAAGGCCUCUGGUUGCGCACGCUCCGGGUUACAGUGGUACCUCGCAAGACGAAUGCCUCGCAAGACGGAAAACUCGCAAAACGAAAGGGCUUUUGGUUUUUUGAGUUGCUUCGCAAGACGAUUUUCCCUAUGGGCUUGCUUCGCAAGACGGAAACGUCUUGCAAGUUUGUUUCCUUUUUCUUAAAACCAUGAAUACAGUUGCGACUUGACUUCGAGGAGCAACUCAUAGCACGCGGUGUGGUAGCCUUUUUUGAGGUUUUUGAAGACUUUUGUGAUUUUUGAAGCUUUUCCAAAACUUUUCCGACACCGUGCUUCGCAAGACGGAAAAAACCGCAAGACGAAAAAACUCGCGGAACGAAUUAAUUUCGUCUUGCGAGGCACCACUGUACAAGCUCCGCUAACCCGGAAGUAGCCGCUCCUGGUUGAGAACUUUGCCCCAGGAUGCGAGCAGAAAUUGUGCAGUGGGAGGCGCCGUUAGCAAAAGCGCGGCUCAUGUUACAAGCGGCUUCCGGUUAUGAACAGACCUCCGGAACGGAUUCCGUUGGUAACCAGAGAUACCUCUGUACAGUCAUACCUCGGGUUACAGCUGCUUCAGGUUGCAUUUUUUCGGGUUACCGACCGCCGAAACCCGGAAGUACUGGAACGGAUUACUUCCGGGUUUCGGCGGUCGUGCAUGCGCAGAAGCGCCAAAUCGCAACCCGCGCGUGCACAGACACGGGUUGUGAACGCUGCGGGUUGCGAACGUGCAGCGCUAUGUACAUAAAUUUCAUCAUAGGAGAAAAUUGUGUUUCUGUCACAGCGGGUACUUACCUCAUUUGCUCCCCCCGCCCCACUUCUUUCCCACAAAACGCAGAAGAGUAUUCCUCGGCAAAAGCUGUCUACAAAGAAGCCCUGCAGAAGGCAGAGGCAGCUGGAGACGGGGCUUCCGUCAGACACAUCCGGAAAGAGCUGGCCGAGCUUGCCAGGCGGCAGAGGAAGGGGCCAGUCUCUACGACCAGUUCCUCAGGAGGAGAACAGAAGUGAUGGAGGCGGCGCAGGAGGGAGAGGGUGGCGCAAGCGUCGGCCGCAAAACCCUCAGAAGCACAGCGUCUCCCUUUGCGUGGCAAGGACAGGUGUGUUGCGGAAAACGCAAGGCGACCCCAUGAAGCAUCCCUCGUAAAAAGGCCAAGAGGGGUCAGUGGGUGGGAGACCCCAGGAGGCUGGGGUGAGCUUGUGCCACCGAUAUAUACGAUGCGGGCAGGCGUCUCCGUAAAUCUCUGGGCUGGGAAAGGAGACGAAAAGCUACGCUUUGCAUCCCAAAACUGAAUAAAGAUGACUGCAGCUUAAGGGUGGAUCUUUAAAAAGAAAAAAAGAGAGUUGACAACAUUUACUCUGGAGAUUUAAGAGGGCUGGCACCGGCCCGCUGGAGAGGGUGGGUGUUUAAUCAGGGUGAAGGGCCCUGGGGAAAAAGAAAGAAGUGGGUGGCGGAAUGGGAGAAUUGGCUUCCCUUUCCGUUUCUUCCUCCUCCUUCCCCAACCCCAGCGGUUCAGAGGAGCUGGUGGGAGCCAGUUCAACUCCUGGGAAAGGGACACACAGUUCGUUUGGCGGCACGAGGCAGAAAUGCUUCCGCAGGAGGCGAGAGGGCUCUCUUGCACUCAAAUCCUGUUUGCUGGUGUCCUGUUAAUGGCAUCUAGUCAGCCACAGUGAGAACAGGAUGCUGGUCCUGGGUACACUUCCCAGCAUCUCCAGGUAGGGCUGCCUUAGGAGUCCUGGCGAGAUGCUGCCAGUCAGUGCCAGCAAUGCUGGUGUAGGUGGACCCUGUGACUCUGUCACAAGCCAGCUUCUGCUCUCUCUUCCUUUGCCUCUGCUCUUCCCCAUUUGGUGGUGAGGACUGGGGCAGCGCCUAAGACGGAAGGAUCUUGUUUUGGGUUGUCUGCCUCUCCUGACCAGCCCUCCACAACAGGGGCCUUCCUGCUGGCCAGACUUCAGGACUCCCCUAAACCUAGAGCAACAGGGGAGAAGCACCCCCAUGAAGCAGGGCGACAAGAGAGCCCCUCGUGCAAACAGGGCAACGUGUGUGGUAAAGGUAAAGGGACCCCUGGCCGCCAGGUCGUCGCGGACGACUCUGGGGUUGCGGCGCUCAUCUCACUUUAUUGGCUGAGGGAGCCAGCAUACAGCUUCCGGUCAUGUGGCCAGCAUGACUGAGCCGCUUCUGGCAAACCAGAGCAGCGCACGGAAACGCCGUUUACCUUCCCACCAGAGCGGUACCUAUUGAUCUACUUGCACUUUGACGAGCUUUCGAACUGCUAGGUUGGCAGGAGCAGGGACCGAGCAACGGGAGCUCACCCCAUCGCAGGGAUUCGAACCACCGACCUUCUGAUCGGCAAGCCCUAGGCUCUGUGGUUUAACCCACAGUGCCACCCGCAUCCCUAUUAACGUGUGUGGUACUGGGGAGCAUUGGGCAUGAUAGGGAGCCAGGAGGAUGUACUACAUCGUGUGUCGGGGGAGAGAUUAGGGGGCAGGAUGCGGCCCAUGCAGUGGGCUGCAGGGAAGAGUUGCAGAAGAAGUCCACUUGCCGUCCCUCUUCUGGUCCGUGCAAGAGAAGCCAGCUUGGCCCAUUGGGUGUGCAAGGCAUCACUGGACUCACAACUCCCCCCAACCAUCCUGGGAGCUGGAGUCCAAGAGCAGCUGCAGGGCUGCAGGAUCCCUGUUCCUGGAGACAAAUCUACAGAGGAUGAGGCUGCCGGUAGCUCCCAGGAACACCGUCUCCAUUUGGGAGGCACUGAUUUCUCCGAAUCCCACUUGCUGGGAGAGUUGCUGCUAUUGCAACCCAGGUCUGUCUUGCUGUAAAGGUAAAGGGACCCCUGACCAUUAGGUCUAGUUGUGGCCGACUCUGGGGUUGCGGCACUCAUCUCGCUUUACUGGCUGAGGGAGCCGGCGUACAGCUUCCAGGUCAUGUGGCCAGCAUGACUAAGCCGCUUCUGGCGAACCAGAGCAGCGCACAGAAACGCCGUUUACCUUCCCGCCGGAGCGGUACCUAUUUAUCUACUUGCAGUUUGACGUGCUUUUGAACUGCUAGGUUGGCAGGAGCUGGGACCGAGCAACGAGAGCUCACCCCAUCGUGGGGAUUCGAACCGCCGACCUUCCGAUCGGCAAGCCCAAGAGGUUCUGUGGAUUAACCCACGGCGCCACCCAUGUCCCUUACACCUUGCUUGCCCUAUCUUCUUUGAAAUUGCCUAAUCCAUUUCUGAAGCCAUCCAAGUCGGUGGCCGUCACUUCCUCCUGCAGCAGCGAGUUCCACAGUUCAACUAUGCGCUGCACGAAGAACUAUUUCCUUUUAUCCACCCUGAAUCUUCCGACAAAAUUGGGAGAAGGGAAAAAGACUUCCAGCAGAACCGCAGCUUUCCACCCCAGCCACCCACACCCUGUGUGCCCCAGUAAUGGAAUCUUAAGAAGACAAAACUCACCCGGAGCCUUCUGAUUUAGGGAAACAAAUUUACUAGGGCUGCCCGUCAAAGCAACAAGUGGGGUGGGGGUUUUUUUCCUUUUAAAAACAACAGACAAUGUUGAAGCAAAAGAAUUAUCGGGACCGGGACGCGCUGUGCCAUUCAAGCAGUUCAGUGUGUGGCCGGCGAGGGGACCCUCGCCAUGUCUGAGUUAUCAGGGAGCGAGAGAAGGGAGCUUCACCAUUAUGUACCCAUGCAAUAAAAGUAUUUUCACAGUGUUGCCAAACAGAAACCCAACUGUAUGGGGAAAGAAAAUUUACAGCGUGGCAGAAUCAUUAAAAAGACCUCCUCACCUGCCAGAGGGCCAGGCUUGGUUUGUAUUAAAAAUAAAAAUAAAUGUACAGGAUUCAUU